CCCGAGCGGACCGUGGGAAGACCAGAGUUUAUACGACACCGCACACUUACACACGCGUUUGUAACUUCAUCCCAUUCCCAUUAAAUUACAGAGAAGCUUUGUUUGCUUUGAGGAAACGCUUAAACGCGGGUGAAGUAACUCGCUGUUGUUUGUUUUUUGGGAAUGCUUCCUCAGUCUGCGAGUAAAGGUGAGUGUGUUGAUCUGCAAGGAAAUUGAAAGCAGAGAGUGACAGUCCUUUCUGUCAAUCUACAUCUGAAGUCAUGUUCCCCUGGACUCUGGCGGACUGGAGAGUGCUGCUGCUGAUUGUUCUGUGGGACGACCUCUGCGCUCUGGCAGUGAAACCCACCCGAUGGCCACUGUAUUCCCCCAAACCUGUGCUUCUCGCCUGGAACGCCCCAACUCAAGAAUGUGGCCCGCGGCACAAGAUAUACUUUCAGCUGGACCAGUUCCAGAUUGUUGCCUCACCAAACGAGGGUUUUGUCAGACAGAAUUUGACCAUGUUCUAUAAGGACCGUUUGGGAUUGUACCCCUACUUUGAGGCACAUGAGAUGCUGGUGAACGGGGGGCUACCGCAGGUGGCCAGUCUCACACAGCACCUGGACAAAAUGCAGGAAGGUGUUCGGAAAUACAUACCUGAGCCAGGGGCCGUAGGUUUAGCAGUUAUUGACUGGGAGGAGUGGCGCCCCCUCUGGAUACGUAACUGGGGAAGUAAAGAAAUCUACCGCAAACAUUCCAGCGAGUUGGUACGCUUGAAGAACCCAACUUGGCCAGAUGAACAGUUGACAAAAGUGGCUCAGCAUGAGUUUGAGAUGUCUGCCAAGAAGUUCAUGCUCGAGACAUUGAGGCAUGCCAAGCACCUGAGGCCCAACCAGCUCUGGGGCUUCUACCUGUUCCCGGACUGCUACAAUCACGACUACAAGUUCGACCUGCUCAGCUACACGGGUCGCUGUCCUGAUGUGGAGGUGGCUCGCAACGAGCAGCUGAAAUGGCUGUGGACGGAGAGCACAGCCCUCUUCCCCUCCAUCUACAUGAACACCAAGCUGCGCUCCUCAGCUUCUGGACGGCAGUUUGUGCGGAACCGGGUCAAGGAAGGAAUGCGUUUGGCUUCAUCAGGCGAUGGCUUGGCUCGCCCUGUUUUUGCGUACACCCGGCCCACCUACAUCGACUCCUUGGAGCAGCUUACAGAGCAUGACCUCAUAUCCACCAUCGGGGAGAGCGUGGCUUUGGGAGCAGCUGGGAUUAUUCUGUGGGGAGAUUCAGCAUAUACAAACAACAAAACCACCUGCUCUGACCUUAAUGUGUAUCUUCGGGACACACUGAGUCGAUACCUCCUCAACGUUUCCACGGCAGCAGAGCUGUGCAGCCAGGCCCUGUGUGGUUCUCACGGCCGGUGUCUGCGAAAAAACUCAGACAGUGACGUUUACUUGCAUCUAAAUCCUCUCACCCACAGCAUCACCAGGCAAAACGGCGUUCUGUCGGUCACUGGUGAGCUUGGAAAAACGGACGGGAUGCAGUAUCAGGCGGCCUUUCAGUGCCAGUGCUACAGUGGCUUUCAGGGGGACAGCUGCGAGCAGACUGACCCUCUGCACCAAAGAGGGAGCGCCGCUCAGGCCAGGGCAUCGGGACUGCCGUGUGUUAUCUUACUGAUUGUUUUAAUGUUUCUCCUUUAAUACACCACAUGCACAGUAGAUGCUGCUGCACAUUUUAUAGAGGGAAGUGUUUUUUUUUCUUAUUUGUGCUGUAAAAUAUCAGUGACUGAAACUGAAGUUUUCUAAGAAACACUGUAGAAAGUGAAAAUUGAUACUUGUUUAUAACUUCUGAUCAUGUUUAAACAAAGGAGGGUUUGCUGGAAUUCACUCUGUUUACAUUUUGCUCUCAGUUUCCACCUCAUUCGCUGUUUUCUCAGAGGUGUCAAAUUCCAGGUUUCUCUGAGAGCUGAUGUUUCUGUGGUAAAUGUGAUGAACGCAAAGAUGCCUUAAUCUAGUUGCUGUGUGCUGGAAGUGAUGCACUCAAAUCUGCUCGAAGCACAGUAUAUUUAAAGUGCCUGAUCUUUUUGCCAACAUGACCUCUAUCUGAAGUUUUUAUUCAAGCAAUUGCAGUAUUAGUAUUUAUUUGAUUUGUGUGUUUGUACACUCAAGCACACAAGAUCAUCUUUUUAUUUUUCAUCUAUGACUACUACUUUUCUAUUAAACCAACACAUUUUUCCACUUAAGGAAAACAUCUCAAGUUCUGGCCAUUAUUUGACUUCCGAUGCACAAUAUAAAGAGCUAAUCACUGACAUUGUUUGUGGAACAAAAUUGCAGACUCUGAUAUGCAAGCAUAUACUGUUAUCUCAAAUUUGGCAUUAGUCACUUAAUAAAUUUUUUUUGACGAGCUUGUAUAGUGUUAUAUUUACAGUGUGUGUAUAUGUAUGUACGUAUAAACAUAAUAUAAAUAUUUUUCCAACCUUUUGAAAAUGUCACAAGAAGCUGACAUCUGGUUUUGGUAGUCUAUUCAUAAGCGUUUGUGUUCAGUCAGUAAAAGUUAGGUUUGGUGGGGACGUUUCAGAGGCUCACCCUCGGGCCCGCUGCUGUUCGCAGGGAGGGACACAGUGCAGCCUCAUACCCCUUCCCCAUGUAAUUAUAGGGUGUUGUUAGCCAAGAGUUAUUUCAGUCUUUUCUAACUGCAUUUAAGAGUUAGGCAAAGCUUACACUUAAAUUUGGAAGAGGAAGAGCUCAUUAUGGCUUAGCUUGAUAGUUACUUAGAAGAGAAGUCAGACGCUUCUCCGUUUCUCCUCAUUAAGAUGUUUUUGUUUGUUAGUUUUUUUUUGUUUUUUCUUAGCUGUGUUUGUGCGUUUGUUAUGAAAUAAAUAGUAAAUUGCUCAGGA